AUGUUUCAACACAAAAGAAAGUCCUCUACACCUACAGAGGGACUAGGGGGAAUGCCAAUUCAAAAUAGUCCAAAAGAUAAAUUAUCUUUAAGCUUGUCAUUGUUUGGAGAAUUACAAGAUAAAAGUAAAGAUGAAAUAUACUUUGAAGAUAACAAAAGUGAUGAACAAUAUAUUACUUUUUUGAAACAAAUACAAAACACUAAUGAAAUUCAAUUUGUAAAGAUAGCUAAUCAUUUAAUUGAGAAAAAUAUGUUUUUAAUAGAAGGAAAAUUUAAUUGUUGUUGGAAAGUAACAGUAAAGGAUAUUAGAAUAAUUAUAUGGCAAAUGAAAGAAUUUAAAAGAAAAAUAUUAUCAAUAAUGUGUAAAUGUAUUAAUGAUGAAGAAUUAGAUGAAGUUAAUGAAAAAUUACCAGUCUUUCAAAUGUGUUGUUUUGGACAUGGAAGUAAAACGGAUAAUUAUAAUUUUAUAAAAGAAAUAAUUUAUAAUUAUAAUAGUAUUUUUGAUAUUCAAGGAGAUCCUUUGUUAAAUAACCAAUUUAGUAUUGAAGAAGUUUCAAAAAUGAAAAUAUUAGAAUAUAUGGUUGAUCCAUUUGCUCCAAAAGACUUUAUUGUUGAUGCUAUGUAUUCUUUAUAUUUAUUUUCAUCUGUUGAUGAAGUUUGUACAUUUAUUGCAGGUGCACACACUGACCUUUUAUUUGCAUUAUCAGAACAAAAUGAAAUAGAAUAUAAGUUACUUCAAGAACAAGUUGUUUUUAUUAGUAGAUUACUUUUUUCAAUAUAUUCACCAAGUAUUCAAAAUAAAACAACAUUAAAAUGUCUUUUAAAUCCAACAUAUCCAACAGAUUUUAGGAAGUUUAUAGAAAAUAUUUAUCAAGGAAUUUCAACAAAUUAUCUUCGUUUUUCAAAAUCAUUUAAUAUUAUUGGGGACUUUAAAGAACGUAAUAGAUUUAAUCAAAUAUAUAAAAUUAAAUUAGGUAAAUCAUUAGAUUUAUCAAAAUUAAAUAAAAAAAUAAAGAAAAGUGUUGAUUAUUUACAAGAAAUUAAAACAUUUAAUAAAAUUGUUCUUGUUAAUUUAGAACCAUUCUUUAUAGCAGAACAAAUUGCAUUAUUUGAUCAUAAAUGUUUUAAUUUGGUUGAAGUAAAAGAUUUAGUUUAUUAUGAACAUAAAUCAAGUUUUAAAAGAUAUCAACAAACAAUGGAACAUUUUAGUCAAAAUAUCGAACAAUUAAUAGAAACAGAAAGUGAUAUUGAUUUCUUUAUUUCAGUAUUUCAUGGACUAUUUUUUUAUAAUGAAUUUAAUGGGGCAUAUUUAAUUUAUAAUAUAUUAUCAAAUAAGAAAAAAUCAAAUCCUCUUCUAUUUAAUAAAAUAAAGAAGAUUUCUUAUUCUUUAUAUUCAAAAUUAGAAAUAUUUUUUAAAGAAAUUAAUGGACAUGAACUAUUUUGGAUUUAUUAUUGUUCUUUACCUCUUUUUACUUCUAAAGUUCCUGUUGUAGAUUUUUGGUUGGAUCGUAUUAGAAAUGAUGAUGUUUUAACUUUAGAUUUUGGUGAACGUUUGAAUGCAGAAAAAAUUAAAAAAAUAUCUAUUGAUGUACAAUUAUGGAUUGAAGCAAAAGAAACUAAAUUCAUAUUUGAUGAAAUAGACAUAGUAAUGAAGUACUUUAAUAAUUUAGCUUAUUUGUAA